UCCUUCCUUCAGUGUUCUAUUUUGCUGCAUUUGGUUUUUUUGUUUCAGAUUUUAAGACACAUACAUAUAUACAAUUUCUUAUUGAGAGUAUAAAUUAUUGCUAAAUAUAAUUUAAAAUAUUAUAUGCAUGUAGAUAAUAUUUGAAGUUGAAAUUACUAGUUCAUUUUAAAGAAAUAUGCAGAACGACUACUCGGUCGAAGAACUCCAGAAGGAGCUUGAUGCAUGGAAUCCAAUGCGGGAUGAUUAUACAAAUUCUACAUUUAAUAAGUAUAGCAGUGGUCCUGGAGCCUAUUUAGAUGCUGCUUUGCAACCCGCUCAACAGGCUGAAGCGGGUAGAAAGCAACUGUCUCUACAUUCCACGAAAAUGAAUGAGAGUUCAACUACAAAGUUUAUUCCUUAUCUGGUGUUAAAGAAUUUGCCUCCAGGAACUACUAAGAAAGCCAUUUAUAAUAUUUGUAAACGACAUGGUCGAGUUAGCGAAAUCCGUGAUAGCAAAAAGAAUGAUUACUUUUUCAUUGAUUUUCCAACUGUGGCUGAAAUGGAAUCCGUUUAUCGAGGUUUAGUUGAGAACCAGUACGGUUUUAGUGUACUAGUAGGUAAGCAAAAACAUAAGCAACAAACAGAGCCUAUUUAUUCAGAUGUAGAAGAAACUUUGCCGCCAAUUGAAAUGGACAAAAACAUCAUCGAUUUUGAUAACAGAAACUAUCGAUCGUCGGAAAAGAAUUUACCUCGACCGCACUUCGAACACACUCCAAUUAUUAAUCAAAAAGCUUAUGAAAUAAAAGAUUCGCUUCUACAGCGAAACGAUCCACAUCGUCAUUUCCUUAUUACGGAUGAUGCACAUCAGCUUGAACGUGCAGGCCUAAAAGACUACAACGAAUUGAAUAAUUUGGAAACAUCAAAAUAUAAAUAUCGCACAGGCAGAGCAUACAUUGAAAUGUCUGAGAAAUCUAAAACAUACAUUGAAGAAAAAUCAAGUAAAUCUUUGGGCGGCUAUGACUCGUCACGCCAAAUAUAUGAAAACAAUCAUAAUGAUCGACGUAUCGGGAGACCUAUAAAUAUUGGACAUUGUGCAAAUUGUAACCAAUCAUGUGAUAUAGUUUGUGCACGCUGUCAAACAUAUUUUUGUGGGUUGGAAUGCCAGCGUAAAGCCUGGCCAAACCAUCGGCAAAUUUGUGGUAAAGAGAAUUUUAAAGGUUUAAAUGAGAGUACGGAAUAUAAAAGUUUAAAAGAAACACAAGUGAACGAUGAACCAGUAAAUCCAAAAAGUGAUCCAAACAUGUCCUCAUCUUCAGGUCAAGUUUUGUUAACAAAUGAUGUCGAAAAAGCCACAACGGAAAAAGUACAAUCUAAAAGAAUCCCUCGCAGUGGUAAUUUGGUGGCUCUUACUGCGAUUAGCAAAACGAAUAUAGUAUUCAUACGAUCGAAAGCUGACAAAGAUGAUUUAAACUUCUUUAAACUUGUUAAUGAUGUUCAAAAUGCGGCCAAGCAUCUAAAAAAAUUAUCGAAAACACCAAUCUGUGGACAGAUUGUCAUUACAGAUUUUGAAGGUCAGUAUAAUCGUGCUAUGAUCCUUAAUAGUGACAAUGAGCGCCACAUAAAAUUAGUUUAUGUGGAUUACGGUAAUUUGGAUGCACGAAAGUUGGAGGAUCUGUAUGAAGCGCCCGAACAAUUAAUUAAUAUACAACGUUUUGUAGAGCCGGUAAUAUUGAAAGAUGUACCGGACAUGUAUAUGACCGAAGAAAUUCGUAAAUUUAUGUACUCAUAUUUGGACGGCAUUGAUUUGGUGCUUAAGUAUGAUGAAAAUAGUGACUUGUUAUCAGACCAAGGUGUUUAUCAAGUAGAACUAAUUGAUGAAGUUACAAAUCAAAAUUUCAACAAAAUGAUUGCCAAACUUUGCAAACCAAAAGAACCGACUAAUCCAGAUGAAGCCUAUUUUAUGAAUUAUUUACAUCAGAAGAAAUUACCAGAAGGCAAUAACAUAGAACUAGUCGUUAUGGACAAUUCGCUGCUGUGCACCGGAUGUAUAUCAUGUAGUACCAGGGAUUGGGCUAUCGAAAUAGAAAAAUUUCAAAGUGAUCUACAGCUUUACGGAGAGUCCUUAAAGCAACAGUGCUAUACACCGCGUAUUGGUGAACUCUGCAUAGCUAAAUAUAAGGUUGAUAGCAAAUGGUAUCGUGGCCGUUGUCUGGAAAUUGUGGGGGAUGGUUUCCCAAGCAUUAUGUUUUUCGACUACGGAAACAUUGGAAUGGUCAAUGUAAAGGAUAUCAGACGUUAUCCAGCAGAGUUUACUUUUCCGAUAUACACUUGUGAUUGUGAAAUUAAAGGUUUGCCGGAACAGUGUGAUACAGAACUGGUCCAGAAAUUAGAAGAAUUUAUACCUAAUGGUAGUACAAUUCAUUGCGAAAGUGUUACUAUUUAUAAGGAUGAAAAUUUCCAUGCAUUAACUUUACCAAAACUUAUCCAAAAUCUGAAGGCAGAAGGUUUACUUAAAAACGAAGUCUAAAAGCAUGAAGCCAAUUAAAUAUAUUUUUUAUACUAAAAAACUACAACGAAAUAUUUGGUGCGGAAGCGAAUAUAUCUCUAUAAUAUAUAAAUAAAUGUAAAAAAAAAAACAAUAAAAAAUUAGGCAGAACAUUUUGAAAGUUUUGAAAUAUGUGAAAACAACCGGAAUGAAAUUGAAUAACAGAAUAAAGUGUUUAUAAAACUAUUUUGAAUAAAAAGUAAAAAAUAGAUAAGUUGAAUAUUUUUUAUAAAUGCAGAAGCUUGUAAUAAACUUAUAUUAAAUAAUUGAAAAAGAAAACAA